UAGGAAAAUCCCGAGUUAGGUGAAUGGCUCGGUAUACAUGAAUCCUCAACAACAGUUGUGAUUCUUAUUUUCCCCCAAUUUUUCCUCUUUUUUUUUUCUUUUUUUUUUUUCCCAAGAUUUUUUUUUUCUUAUUUAACUUUGAUUGAUUUCGAUUCCGUAUGAAUCGAACCCAGAUUUUGUAGAAAAUCUCUUUCAGUACUGACCUAUUUGCGGCUGCAGCUGCGAUUUCUCUUCUUCCGGCGUCAAGUUGAUUCCGGCCAAUUACUGCUCCUUCUUGUUCGAUUUCAAGAGGAUUAACCAUGAUUGAUGCUAUCAAGGCUGCGAUCGGCGAUGCCGUUCUCACUUCCAUGUGGAUUUUCUGUGCUUCGUCUCUUGGGGUUCUCACUUCCGUCCUGUACUCGACAGCCGCUGUUUAUGGCCUUCCGCUUCACCCCCUUCUUAUCACUACUACUCUUGUCUUUGUUCUUGUUUUCGUUUUCAACAUAAUUGGUGCUGCUUUGGGUGGGGCUAGCUUUAAUCCCACUGCUACUGCUGCUUUUUAUGCUGCCGGUGUCGGUCCAACCUCUCUCUUCGCCAUGGCUAUCCGUUUCCCUGCUCAGGCAGCUGGUGCGGUUGCUGGUGCCCUGGCGAUCAAGGAGGUGAUGCCUAUACAAUACAAGCACAUGCUUGGUGGACCUUCUCUGAAAGUUGACAUUCAUUCUGGAGCUACAGCUGAAGGAGUUUUGACCUUUAUAAUCAGUUUUGCUGUUCUCUUUAUUAUACUCAGGGGUCCCUCUAGCCCAGUUAUUAAAACAUGGUUGCUGGCAAUGGCCACCGUGGCAUUAAUCGUUGCCGGUUCUAGUUACACAGGGCCUUCCAUGAAUCCUGCAAAUGCGUUUGGAUGGGCAUAUCUAAACAAUAGGCAUGAUACAUGGGAGCAGUUGUACGUGUACUGGAUCGCCCCCUUCAUAGGAGCCAUUUUGGCUGCUUGGCUUUUCAGAAUCAUCUUCCCACCACCACCCCCAGCCCCAACUAAGCAGAAGAAAGCUUGAAAUCAGUCGCCGCUGCCACCAUGUUUCUUUAGAUAAGCUUUGAUCAAUCAAAUGUAGCAAGUAAGAACUUCCAGUUCUGUUCUUAAGAUAAUUGGUGCCGGUUUAAAGUUUAUAUUUUGCAGCUGCUUCUGGAUCGAUAAUCCUUCAGUUAAGUUCCCAUUAGUCAUUUAUUUUUGUUUCAACCAAUUUGUCAAUGGCCUUAUACAGAUUGCUGUUGCUGCUUUUUAAGGUUUUGUUUAUAUGUUUCUUUGGUAUUAAGGUAGUUUUAUGUUAUUUUUCUUUAGAGUUUUACAUUACUCUUUAGUAAACUAAAGUAGUUUCUCCGACUCCGACUCCGACGUGUGACCUAUAAUAAUCCUAGUUUGGUAGUGAUGCUUAGGUUGACUCUUAUAACCAAUUUCUUCCAGUUUAUUUGGAUUGUGACUUUUAAGAUAUUAGUAUGUUUUGACA